UCUGUUAAUGGUGCGUACACUGUAGCAACAGGAAGUUCCGCGCCAGGAAGUUCUGCGGCAGGAGGCGCAGGCCUUGUGCGUGUGAUGCUGUGCUGCGGCCCGGCUGGAGAAGCGGGGUUAUGUCGCGACGGGAGGAGGAGGAGAGCGCCGAGCUGGGCCAUAAGGAGGAGCUGAGUCGGAGGAUUAAAGAACAGAAGGUUGUGGUUGAUGAGCUUUCCAAUUUGAAGAAGAACAGGAAAGUUUAUAGGCAGCAACCCAAUAGCAAUAUUUUCUUCCUUGUAGACCGAACAGAAACACUGUCUCAAUGCAAAAAUACAUUAGAUCAAUUGAAGAAAGCACAUCAAGAGUUGGAAAAUUCAGACAAGACUAAAGUCAAGAAAUAGUCUAUCUGAAUUUCAAGUCGCCAUGUGUGGUAUUUGUUGUGUUGUUGCCUUGUCUAGCCAGCAU